AAGAAGAUGGUCCGAUGAUCUAAUACGAAACGUCGUUAAUGAAAAAGAAAUGGACGGAGUUCACAAUAGACGCUAUAAAAGCAAUGUUUGUGGCAAUUUUUUUGGAAAUUUUCAUCACAAAGCGUACUUCGAUUAUGCGUAUGGAAAGAAAUUUCGAAACAAGUUCAAAUAUCCAGGUUAUUCCUUUUCAAAACCGAACAGUGCGGUGAUAAAACCGCCAUUGCUGGGAUCAAUUUCUAAAAAAUUACCGGACAUGUGUAACGAAACCUAUCAGUGCAGUAGCACACGUGUUGAAAGACAAAAUCAAACCGAAACAACUUUUAAAUCCUGUAAACGAAACGAACCGUCGUCUACGUCUGUUAAGGAUAACGGAAACAAAAAUGGACUAGUUGUUUCGACGAAAUCUUCUUCAAGACAAAACAUUCAGAAAAUGUUUCUAGAAUUAAAUAAAAGUAGAUCGGAUCUUGAUACCAAACGAAACAGUUCCUCUUCGUCCAGCAAAAACUUCAAGAAGAAACAGCAACAUACUCUAUUGAAAAUGCUAUUGCAAAAUGCGGAGUACCCUUGGAAGAAAAUCAAAGACAAAUUGAAUUUCUACGACACUUGUAACGGUAACAAUUGUUCAUCAAAUACUUCAAAUAACGUAAAAAAAUCCAGAACGCCGUUCACGUCUCACAAUCUGAGAAAAAUAGAGAAAGAAGACGUUACUUCCAUACCUCUAGAAGCCAAUUAUGUGGGUCACCUUUCUAAUAACACCGGACACCUUUUGCUAGACAAAUCAACACCAUUACAUUGUAAUUGCGAGUAUCAUCAAAACGCUGUUACGUCUGAAGAGAUCAAAUGCAAAAGAUAUAUUAAAAACGGCCUCAAUAGGAGAGAGACGAGUCUCUUUCACAAACCGAGCCAAACGUUCGAUUAUAGUAAAAGAGUGAAGACGAAACCCGCUGAUCCAGCGAGAAGAUCUAAUAGUUAUCCUAAUCAAAAAUACAAUGAGCACCCUGCAGGUUGCAAUAAUAAUCCUCCUAAACAUUCGGAGAGUUUCGUCAAUAUUUCGAAAGUUAAAUCUGCUAAUAGAGACGUUAAUUCUGAACUGUUGCUGCACAAAUCGUACAAAAAUUAUCUCGUGAAUCCAGUUUUCGUGCACUGUAACAAUCCCCAAUUUCCUAAUUUUGACAAUCAAAUAACCCUACAUCGUACCGUUUCAAACCAUAACCUCAAAUCUUUCGACCAAACACAGGAUAAUGGUACAAUUACCGAAGAAAAACCACACACGACCGUUAAUAUCAAAAUUAAUUUGGAAAACAAAGGUCAAAGUCAAAAUUCCAUUAUUUACUGUAGCCAAGACGAUCUAUACUGCAACCUUUUAGUCGACCCUUCAUCCCCGUUAUGUUCCCAUAACGCUGAUAAGCAAAACGGGUGCCACCUUCGCUGGUACCAGUGCCAGAAAAUGGCCCCAUUUCAUAAACCUGCAUCUCACUGUGAUAAUACAACAAGCUACCACGAAACUAAUAAUACUGGAGUUAAAAAUGUCAACGUAACUUCAACACAGAAGCCUGAAAGAAUUAAUAAAAUGAUACAGAAUGAUAUCCAUGUCAAGAAGGACGCGUACGUUCAAAAUCCAUACAGAGAAAACAAAAAUAUACAAACGGAGAAGUCUGGACUAAUGACAGGAAACAAAAAUACACCCUGUUCUUCCAGUAGGCAACGUAUUAAGACAAACAAAAAUAUUUAUUUAGUUUCUGUUAACAAUAAUCGUUUGGGAGCGGAAUCGACAUCCUCAGUCCGUAGAACCAGUGAUAAUGGACUGUUAUCUUCUACGAAUGAUGCAGACAAAUGUUGUUAUCAGAAUCUUUCGAGUCAAUGUGAUAAUAAAGAACAAGAAUGUGUUGAAUGUCCCAAGCUGGUGCCCUACUCAAUUUCUUCAAGUGACGAUAUCAAUGAAACAGAAGAACAAGUCGAAAUAAUCGAAAAAUUACAAUCACAAAAUAAACCAAACGAAAUUACGAAAUGUGACAGACCAUACACAAAGUUAUCGAUAGAUAAAAAUAUUGAUAAAAAUACAUCCAAAUGUGUAGACAUUUUCUAUAACUUUGAAAAUAAGUGUAACGUUUUCCAAUGUAAAGUAUCGAAAACAAAAUUCGUCAAGCCAAAACGAGAUACGGAAAAGACAUUUUUAAAUCGUUACAAUUGUAAUCGAUCGCAGUUGUAUAAAGAUAUAGAUAAAUCUGAAAUGGCAUCGUCACUUUCAAGAAUAUCGAGUACCCAGAUUGAAGAAAAUGCCAAAGUUUUUUUAAAUGGUCUAGAAGAAGCCCCAUGGAUCUGUAUAUUUGAUGGAAUUAGUAAUUUCAAGAGUGGCAGUGACACUUCUUUAAACAAAAAAUGUGAAUACACUGGAAAUAAUAGUAAUAAUAAUUUUCGUGCAAUGUUAGAAGUAACAAAUAACGGACCCAAAACGGAAAAUGUUGAAAAUCUUCCCAUAAUGGUACUUUUAAAUAGUGAACAAAAUGGUAACACUGUUUCUAAUCUAAGUCUAAGAUCUACCGUUGAAGAAGAACGUAAUCAAUCAAAAUAUUUAGACGUUGAUAAGUGUUGCAGUAUCAAAAAUAAACCGGAUAUGUACAAAAAUAUUACCAAAAAUUAUGGUGCAAUCGAUAACGAAACGGGACAUUGUGACAUUAAAAAAGGCACCGGAACGAGAAGCCGAAGUAUUUGUAGCAUCAUGGACUACAUAAAACCGUUAAACAAAAGUGUCCAAUUCAGUAGCGACUACAUAACAAAAGACAAUUUAAAAAUCGGUUACAUUAUAUCUAGAAUCGAAGAUCUCUUGAAUGUACUAAACGACAAUAUCGCAGAGAAAUUAAAUAAUGUAAAGAAAAAAGAGCAUCAAACUACUAACCGAAAUCAUAUACCUAAAUCGUUUAUUAAUUUAACGAAAACAAUGGAAAAUAGUGAUAGUAGAACUGAUUCUGUAUCAUCGUGGGAAGAACCAGUAAAGAGUUCCAGCAAGUACAUUGAUUUUCAGAAAGACGCUAAUAAUAACUGUAAUAAAGAAGAAAGCGUUAAAAAAAUAAAAACAAGAGAACGAAAUGUAAAACAACCCAAUUCAACAUGUAACAACACCGUUGUGUCGUUGUCAUUUUAUAACGGGGCAGAACAAAAGAACAUAGACAUUGUCCAAGAGGACACGUGGAAGACAAGAUGGCUGAAAAGACUUUGCAAAAACUGCGAAUCAAAUAAACAUUUAACUUACCCGACAGAUAGUAAAAUUGAAAUAAAAAACAACCUCAGAAAAUCCACUCCAAAUAAACAAAACUCUAGAGUCCUUAAUAAAGACAUAAAGAACGAUCUUUGGGACAAAUGUAAUUCUACAAAAACGUUUUACUGUAACCAUUGUGGCAGUCGUUGGAAUGAAAAAAUUAAAAUAAAAAACAUUACAAAUUUAAAAUCUCGUAACAGUGAAUAUGGAAACUCAAAAAUUAUGUUGAAAAAAUGUCCCAAAUGCCGAAAAUACACCUACAUUAUAAACAAACGACAACCGAAAAGCGCACGAUACAACGUUAGCAAAAAAAAAUGCGUUUCUAAAACGUCUGUUACGUCUUCAAGUUGUUUAAAUGUCGCUGACAAUACUUCAUGCCAUGAAAUUAUAUUGUCGAUGAUGAACCCGAAAAGACAGGAGAUACAAAAAAGUACGAAGGAAGAUUUUUACAAUGCCCAGUAUGUCGCGGAUUUGAGAGAGGAAACGUUUUUGAAAAUGAUGGAGCCCAAAAGGCGUCCGGCAACACGAGACUUCCCAACGAUGCAGAAGUUAACAAAACAGGUCUCCAUAAUGAAUGGACUCAAUGGGCAUACGAAUGGGGACCUUAACGGGUGCGACAUUAUAACUCAGAAUCAACAAAAAGGCUGCUGGACAAUAGGCCUUAUCAAUUCCAAGUUCAAGUAUCUUACAGCAGAGACUUUCGGUUUUAAAAUAAACGCAAACGGCGCUUCGCUGAAGAAAAAACAGAUAUGGACUUUGGAGCCAGAUUUAGCCACCAGUGGCGAAAGCUACAUUUAUCUGAAAUCCCAUCUGGACAAGUAUUUAGCUGUUGAUUCCUUCGGGAAUGUCACAUGCGAAAACGAAGAAAAGGACCCAGGGUCGAAAUUCUUAAUAAGCGUCGCUGAAGAUGGUACAGGACGAUGGGCAUUCCGGAACGUCGUGCGCGGAUACUUUUUGGGCGCCAGCCAAGACAAACUAACUUGCACCGCGAAAAUCCCCGGGGAUGCUGAAUUUUGGCUAGUCCAUUUGGCUGCAAGGCCUCAGAUAAAUUUGAGAUCUGUAGGUCGAAAACGGUUUGCUCAUCUGUCAGAAAAUCAAGAAGAAAUUUAUGUCGAUGCCAACAUCCCGUGGGGCGAAGACACACUAUUCACCCUCGAAUUUAGGGCAGACGAAUCUGGCAAGUACGCCCUCCACACGUGCAAUAACAAAUAUCUGUCCCUUGGAGGUAAACUGGUUGACAAAUGUUCGUCCGACUGUCUAUUUACUGCUGAAUAUCACAGUGGUUACUUAGCCCUACGUGACAAAAAUGGUUCCUAUUUAAGCCCUAUUGGUUCGAAGGCUGUACUAAAAACGCGAUCAAACACUGUAACCAAAGAUGAAUUAUUUUCACUCGAAGAUUCACUGCCUCAGGCCAGUUUUGUAGCGGCUCUGAACGCAAAAUACGUUUCUGUGAAACAAGGGGUUGAUGUAACUGCAAAUCAAGAUGAAAUUUCCGAUCACGAGACAUUCCAAUUAGAAUUUGAUUGGAGCACAAAGCGAUGGUAUAUAAGAACGAUGCAAGACAGAUAUUGGACCCUGGAAACAGGGGGUGGAAUACAAGCAGCUGGGGACAAAAGGUCGUCGAAUGCCCUUUUCGAUUUAAUAUGGCAAGGAGAUGGUUCUGUGGCGUUUAGGGCCAACAAUGGCCGCUACGUGACAACGAAACGUUCUGGUCACUUGUACGCAAAUUCGGACGCUGUGGACGAAAACAGCAAGUACUUUUUCUAUCUUAUCAAUCGCCCCAUUCUCGUUUUGAAAUCAGAGCAAGGAUUCGUGGGGUACAAGUCCGGCAACAACACAAAACUCGAAUGCAACAGGGCAAUGUACGAGACGAUUCAAGUCGAACGGGCCGAAAAAGGAGUGGUGUAUUUUAAAGGUCAAAAUGGGAAAUACUGGCAUUGUGAUAACGAGGGUGUGACGGCGGAUUCUGACAUUCCUGAGGGAUUUUAUUUGGAAUUGCGGGAACCGACAAGGCUUAGUAUCAAAUCGGUAAACGGUAGUUAUUUGACCGCUAGCAAAAAUGGUGUUUUUAGACUCGGGGAUUCCUCCUACGAAAACGCCACCCAGUGGGAAUAUUAAGCACCCGCUGCUGUUAUCAGGACUACCACUACGUUUUUUUGUUUUUUUUAAAUCAGUUUCAUACUAUCGAUUUGGUUCACCACCGAAAUAAAUCAACCACCGCCGUGAACCGUCUCUACAUAAUUGUGACUUGUUUUGUAAUUUUGUAUAAGCAAAGUGAGAUUUUAUACAGGUUUUUAUAUUUAUUGUAUUGUAUAAUANACAAUAAUAAUAAUGAUAAU